UCCCAGAUAUUUAGUGACUUUUAAGAGCAAAUAUUCAUAGUACCAAUAUAUCGAACGGCAGCUUCAAAUGGUGUUAGAAGAGAGCGAUUUUGUACGUUUAAACUGAAGUUCUAUUAAUUCUAAGUUAAAGGUUGACGUCGAUAGAAAGUACAACAUUCAAAUUCGCAAUAAAAUAAGAUGAUAUUCACGCGCCCGCAAGCAUCCGCCUCACUGCUCCUGAUCCUGCACAUGCUCAGAUCAGCCUCAGGUCACCAAUAUCCUGAAGGCUAUUAUCCUUUUGAAGAAGAUCCUCUCAAGUCUCCGCCGAGGGUCCGCAAGCCGCCUUACACGCAAACUGAAGAAGUUUGUUCUGGAGUGCUGGAAGCUCCCGAGCAGGUUAGCUUGAGCCUCGAUAACCUUUGCGGGGACCUCAACACGGGGCUCCUUCCUCGCAAUCCCCUCGGCCAAAACGUCCUCGGAGCCUCGUACCCUUUUGAACUCAUCAAGAACCAAACGCUGAACUUGUUCAGCAAGGCAUUGCCGGUGCUGAAAGAAGACAAAACUCUGCCCAAAGUUGCUAAGUUUGUCAGUUCGACGGUACCACUCAGGGACCGUUUCAAAGUGGUCAAUCGUCCAGUGCGGUCACUACACGAAGAAGCUGGUGUGGCAACGUGGAGUCUCGUCAGGCCGGACCAUCAUGUGCAAAAUUCUGACCAAUACGACAGCUUCUUGGAUAAAAAACCAACAAAAGAUCUAGAUAAAGACCUAUUCAAUGCACACACCAAGGCCGCCAGGAACAUGUCGCUCGUAGAUUACAAAAGUGAACUGGAGGAAGACUUGGCUGAAAUUUUAUCUUCCAGUGGACUGGAUGAUGAGAAUGAAAUUCGAAAUUCCAGGAGGAAAAAUUCAAGAGGUGGUCGAGGGCUCUUCACAGAUAAUGACUCGGCAUUGUGGCAGGGUGUUUUACAGGGAAUUUUCCACGGUAUGAAGCUUGAUAAAAAAACCGCGUCUGGCAUAAUUGAAAAUCUGGAAUUAGACCAGCAGCUGGCAGCCGGUCGCGGGGCGUUCUCCUUCUGCCAAAACAACUGGGGGCUAUUUUGUCUGCUUUACAACACAAUGAUGGGUAAGGAAACCACAAAUCCUAAUCCAAUCCGAGCCACGGAACGUCGAGACAAAGUGGAGCCGUCCGGUAACAGCAUAGAAGACGGAGCUCCCCUCACCCCGUGUCCGUCCGCAGUGGAAUACGUGACGCCCGUGUUCGCUCGCAACUACCAAGGCGUCUGGAGAUACGUCGUACAGAUACCGUAUGAGGGAUACUUCACGCAAACUGUCGAGAUCACGCAGUGUUUAGAAGACACGUGUCACUACCUGUCGGGGUCGUGCCUAGCGUCUCCUCGGUGGGUGUCGCUGCUGGUCGCCGAGAUCUUCUAUCCUGAUGCCGUUUUUCCCAGCAAACCAACGAGACCUUCUCUACAGCGCUCCUCUGUUCAUCCUUCGCAGCCUCGCCGGCCGCAGCGUCGUCGUAGGGAGGCGGACAUGAAGCCACCAGCGCCGCACUACUGCGACGGGGUCGACCAGAUCGGCUGCUUCCAGGUUCGUCUGUACUACGACUGGUUCCUGGUGCCAGGCUCCUGCAAGUGCUGGAAGCGUAACGUCUUCCAGCAAAACUUCCGACAUCGGCGAUAAUUUGCGACUUGCUUCAAGUCCUGUAAAAUUAAUGAUUACACCAAAGUCGUUUCUAAAAAGAAUUAUGGGAAGUAUAAUUAGAACUUUCGACGUGCACUAGAAAAUUAAAUCCAGCCAAUUAUUAGCCGCACUCAUGCCGAAAUUCAAAUUGGUCCAAUAUUUAUGUGGAAAGAAGGUCCUCGAGGAAGGUUUCGUCAAAUAAGAAAUUAAUCCCUUUCCCGUAACUUUGCAUCAACAGUCGACUCCUUCUCUGUUAACGUUCGUACAAAUCACAAGCAUUGACUUUUUUCUUUUACAGCAAUUGUUUAUGUUAUGUAAUGAAGAUUGAUGCAUUUUCUAAGAAAUUAAUUUGGACAGAAUUUUGUAGAAAAUUAGCUUAAUUCAUAUGUUAUUUAUAGUGGCAUUGACAAAGUAAAUUUAUGGAACCGCC